AUGACCACAACAGGCGGUGCCACUUCAGCUCCACCUCAAAACAAGCACAUUACCGUAUCAGAUCCGUGGGUCUCCCGAUUCAACGACUCUGCACUCCUACGGGUUGGCGAUGGUCCAGCAGGCUCUGAGCGGAUCAGUCUGGUCGACCACGAAGUAUAUGGUGACCCACGCCACCCAAUUCGCUUCCGAAUUGGAAACGGCGGCGCUGGGUAUACAGGUGUCCUGAAAGUACUGGCCGAAGCGUUCAUAUUAGAGACCGGAAAUCAAAUCCGCAUUGGUUGGGUAUCGAAUCACUCACGACAUACCCAAAUCGCUUUGCUGGCGGACGUGGCACAAGUUGCUUUGACUUACGAACCAGAGAACGAGGAUACCGCCAUCAAAGAGGGGUGGACGAGACGAGUGGGAAGAGCUUUCAAUGAUCAUUUUAUGCUUGUUGGGCCAGCGGAUAUACGACUGGAAGCAAGGACGAUCGGCGAUGCGCUCAAGGAGAUUGCUUUGAGCAAUACUGGCGAACAUACUAAAGCGGCACAUACCACAGGCCUGCUAUUCCACAGUCGCGGCGACGGAUCAGCGACCUUUGCGAAAGAGACCCGACUCUGGCAAGCAGCUGGAGUCGAUACAUCGCGUGCCGAGCAGAGUUGGCUCCGGAUCGAUCCUUUGACACCAUACGAAGCUCUUGUCAAGGCGGAAAGGGAGCAGGCAUUUCUCAUCACAGACCGCGCUACAUUCCUAACAGCACGGCAGGACAAUGUCAUCCCGAGACUGGAAGCUCAUAUUGAAGGAGGAAAUGAGCUGCUGAAUCCGUGCUCAGUACUUGUGCGUAGCCAGAGUACGGGCGUCUCUACCGAGGAAACUUCACGAUAUAGUGCCGCUGUGCAGUUCGCCGAAUGGCUCAUUGGCCCAAAGGCGCAGGAGAUCAUUCGAGAAUAUGGACGAGGAUGGAAGGCCGGCCAUGCCCUGUUCACCGUCGCUACGAAGGAUGACUUUGACGAAGAUGAUCGACUGUGUCGGGGUCAAAGGGUAAGGGGAAGUCGGUUGUGA